AUGAAGGUGAGGAUCUGUGCGGAAAAACAAACUUAUUCCACAAACACAGAUGUAAUGUUCCUGGCAGUAACCGAUGUUCCCGACCCGGUGGAGUUCAUUUGGCACUUUGGAGACUCCAAAUCGACCAUAACCACCUCGAAGACCAUCAUGAAGCGAUACCAUACAGCUGGCAGAUAUGAAGUGGUGGUGGUUGUGUCUGAUGGCCGGACCGCCGUCACCUCAGGGGUCUUCUUGUUGGUAGUCCAGAGAGCAGUUCGUGUCAACAAGCUGGUCCACUGGGCCUCUGUCCUGCAGAACCAAACGGUUAUUGUGAGGUGCCGGGUCACUGCAGGGACCGACGUUGUCUUCAAGUGGAGUUUUGGAGAUGGUACAUCCAGGCUGGGACAGAGCACAGAGCAGCACGUUUACCACAGGAUGGGAGAGUUCAGGCUGGAAGUGACUGUGUUCAAUCUCGUCAGUUCUGCCUUGCUGAGGAGUCACAUCUUUGUGGUGGACAGGCCGUGCCACCCUCCACCGGUCAAAAACAUGGGGCCUCUCAAACUGCGGGUACAGCGACAUGAGGUUAUCCGUCUGGGAGUUACUUAUGAGGCUGAACUUGACUGUGACGGGUCAGAUGGUCUUCACUACACCUGGAAGUUGUAUGACUCUGGAGGGCACUUGGUCCCUUUGCCCCUCAUAGACACCCAUCGACACAGUGUCACACUGCCCAGCCAUUUCCUGCACUACGGCACCUACACCGCUGUAGCCAGGGUUGAGGUUGUCGGCAGCGUGGUACACAGCAGCUACAGUGUGAAGGUGCAGGUGAUACAGAGACCCCCCGUGGCUUCCAUCCAAGGCGGCACAAACGUCUUCAUUAACAGCAAGAACAUCACCACGAUAACUCUGGACGGGCAGAGAUCUUAUGACCCCGACUUCCCCAUGCAGCCAGUCAGGUACAGCUGGUCUUGCAAACCCCUCAGCUCCAUUGUUAGCUCCUGUUUUGACCGCCAUAUCCCCAGUUCUGUCCCUGCUUUUAGUUUUCCUGCUGCUUCCUUAAACCAAGGUUUUGACCAGUUCCAGUUCACGCUCACUGUCCACAGUGGUCAGAGCUCGGCCUCAGCAAAGAGCUUCCUGUCAGUAACAUCAAGUGUGACUAGGAAGGUGUCAGUUGAUUGUCCUGAGUGCGAGGGUGACAAAGUGAACUGGGAUCAGGGUUUCUCUGUGAGCGCCUCGUGUGAUGACUGCAAGGUUUCCCCAAAACAAAUCCAGUUCACCUGGAGUCUGUACCUGGUCAAUACCUCAUCAAAGCCAGUCAGAGACAUCCCGUUUUGUUCCACAGUAGAACUCGGUACUUCAGCGUCUGUCCUCGAGGGUUUUGCUUCUUCCCGUCAUCGUUUGGGGACAUCAACUCUGCAUCCAGCAGCCACAAAUUCUUCAGUUUACAGCCACAAAAUGGAGAAUUACUCUGAAACUAUGGCUAAUUUGAUGGAACCUGAGCCCAUCACAACACAUGAGUCUUCUCCAGUCAGCAUGAGAACAGAAGGAUCCGGGGAGGAGCCUUAUUACCAUCCACCAGGAGAAUCUGAACCUCCAGAGCCUCCGUAUCGAACCUCAGAACACACGCCACCAUCCCUGGAUGAUGAUGGUGUUCUGUAUUCUGAUCACUUCAGCCAAACGGAUGUCAAUGAGCUGACCACGGACUUGAACUCUUCUGGUGACUCAGAUUUCUUGUUUCCUCUCUCAGAGCGUGUUGACCUGGAAGAACAAGGUUUGGAUUACGAAGUUCCAGUUCCCGGUCCCCAGGAGGGAAACCCGGGGCUUUCAGCAGGACGCCCCACAGGUGAAGACACUGAGACCUUUGGUCCAGGAGGACGGUCGGUCUUUGAUCCAGAACCAGAAAGAGACAAGGGCAGUAAUUUGAUGGAGUCGAGGCCCUCUGUGGUCACACAGCAGCCAACUGUACUGGAUUUACCUCGAGAUCCAGUGGACAGAGGCGUCUUUGAGUCCUACACUUACAGCGGAGUCUCCUCCCCUCUGCUCUGCUUCAGACCCUUCAGUCUCAGACCCGACAGCAGAUACAUGUUGGAGGUUUCUGCCAAAUCACAUGAUAGUCUUCUGGGCCGCACUCAGCUCUUCUUGAGAACCAACCCUGCUCCGACAGGUGUAACAUGUCAGGUGCAGCCUGUCAGAGGGGCGGAGUUACACACGUACUUCAGCAUCUUUUGUGCAUCAGGAAAAGAGGAUUUAUUGUACGAGUACAGCUUCAGUAAAGGAGACCAACCCCCCAGGAUCCUGUACCAGGGCAGAGAUUUCCAGUACUACUUCCACCUGCCUGCUGGAGAUCCCACUAAUGACUAUAAAGUAACUAUAUACACACAGAUCAGGAGCAGCACCUUUGGGUCGACCACUAAACCCUGUCCUGUGACUGUUCGAGUCCAACCACGUUUCCUCAGAGGGAGUUCCACUGAGGACCCUGAUCUGGAGCUUACAAACUCUGGUCUGAGGAACCUGUCAGCUCUGGUCCAGCUCGGUAACAGUGUGGAGAUUUAUAACUACGUCAGUCUCCUCGCCGACAUCCUGAACAGACGUAGCCUGGACACGGAGGCUAAUGUCGAUGCACAGAAACACACACGCAACACACUCAUACACACCAUGUGUGAGCUUGAUGGCCUCGAGCAGGCAUUGAUGACAGAUAAUGUCUCCAUACUGAAAGAACUUUUACAAGUUACACGUCAGGUCACAUUAAUGAGCGUGGGACGAGUGAGAGCUCAUGCUCAGGCCAUCGUGGACAAGAUUUCUGAGUCCAGUCCUCCACAUCGGUACCAUAUUGACCAGAAAACACUCAGUACACUGGUCACUGUGCUGUCCUACAGUCUUCAGGCCACUCGAGACUUCGCAGGUGUAAUGUUCAACAGGUCUGACGUCACUGUGACAAACCCUGGUGUUGGGGAAGAUAAUGGAAAUAACGCUGGCUCAGUAGAAUCCACUGGUGUUCAACUCAAGCAGGAAAUGGAAUCAGCGAGGAAACUCAUAGCUGAUAUUCAGCAGACCACCACAGACCUCCUGAUCCUGAAGUACUUGUUGUUCCGACAGAGUGAGGCGGUCAGAGUAAAUACCGGCCUCAUGUCCAUCUAUGUCACACAUCAAAACCAAACCUCCUCAGUCAUCAGGAGCGGUUCAGCCAGCGUCCGCAUCCCCACCUCCCUGAUCCGUCUGCUGUUUGAUGGAAGCAGAGGAGCUACAGGGAGGAAAGACGGAGGCCCGUGCGUCCUCACGCUGCUGAUGGAACUCGCUGUGAACCCGUACGCCUGGAGCCCAUCUGCUGCACAGCUGACUGGACCCGUGGUUGACCUGAGUUUGUACAAAUGCAGCACGAGGAGGAAGAUGGUUUUCCGUUCCCUUCUUCAGCCGGUUGACAUCGAGCUGCAGCCAGCACCAAGGAAUGUGAAUUCUGCACAUGAAUGCGUCCUCCUGCACCACCAGGUCAACUACCACAGCUUCAACAUUACCCAUGAGCACUUGCAUCAGGCUAUCCAGCUGAGUGUGGCGUUUGCACCAUCAGCCAACAGGCCAUUUCCCAUCAUGCUGCUGUUUAGGAUGUUUAAGAGGCCGACUCCCAGCAUGCACCACGUGUGCAGGAUUCACCGCUGGAAGAGCAACACCGCGCGUAUCACUCUGCCCUCCAACUACCUUAGUGCUCCAGGAGUUGGUUAUCUGGCCCUUCUGAAUGCUGAGUUUGAGAAGCCGCUCAGGUCCAACUCCAUGGGCAGCCCGGUCCCCUACACGCUCACACUGGACACCAGCCUGUGCUUAUCCUGGGACAACCAGCAGGGGGUCUGGACACACCACGGCUGCAGAACGAAGCAAACGGACACAAAGAAAACAAUCACCUGCAGUUGUGACCAUUUGAGGCCGCUAACGGUAGCACAGCAGCAGAUCCAGAGCAGCCAAGAGUUUCUUGACGUGGCCUCAUUCUUCAGUUUGUCUGCUGAUUUUACGGCGCUGGCCGUGGUGCUGCUGUGUGUCGGCCUGCACAUCCCAGUCCUGGUGCUGUGUCGGAGAGCAGACAUUGUCUCCAAGAAGAGUCAGAGAGUCCAUUACCUUCCCGACAACUGUCCAUCAGACAAAUAUUUGUACGCUGUAACCGUCCACACGGGUCUGUGCUCUGCAGCCAGGAUGAGUGCAAAGGUUUAUAUAGUGCUGUAUGGGGAUGCCAGGUUCUCACAGACUAAAGAACUACACGUCCCAGGAUACAGCCUGUUCAGGAGGAACUUUCGGGACACAUUCAUUCUCAGUGCAGCACACUGUCUGGGCUCAGUGUGGGGGGUUCACAUCUGGCAUGACAACUCUGGACCCUCCUCAAACUGGUACCUGAAACAAGUGGAGGUAUCUGAGGUGACCUGUGAAAAUGUCAAGGGUCGUUCUUGGCGUUUCCUCGGCGAAUGUUGGCUGGAUGUUAGUCAGAGUGACGGACGGGUGGAGAGAGUGCUCAGAGUCUGCAGUCAGGACCUGGGUUUUACUGAGAUUUUGUAUCUCAGACUUUGUGACUACUUGCCUGACUUUCACCUCUGGAUUUCUGUGUAUACCUGCCCCCAUCCCACCGCGUUCACACACACUCAAAGACUUGGUGUUUGUCUGCUGCUGCUGUCUGGGUACGCUGGUGUCAACACACUGAUCAUAUCCCAGAUGGACGAGCAAUUGCCUUUUGCUUUUGGAAUUAUCGACAUAUCAGCCGUUUCGGUCAUGACGGGAGCAUUCAGUGUGAUGGCAGUGUUGCCGGCGGUGACAGUGUUAUCGCUCCUGUUUCGGUUCAGUGAAGUCGAGCUGAUGGGAUCAGGAAUCAUCAGGAGCAGGAAAACUGAAAAUGGCUGUUUGGAAGGUGACGUUUUGGAUGCUGCAGAUCUGCCCCCAGUUUCCAGUGAGGAUGUGGCAAAUAAAGACACAAACACUGGCGUUAUGAGGAAGGAGGACAGUCUAGUAGGAAAACCCUGUUUGAAACAGGAAACUAAUCCUUCAUUCCUGAGGAUGGAGAGCAGCAGAAUUCAGGGAGACCAGAAACAUCUUUUGUGUGGCAGCAGAGAUGGAGAGUUCGUUCUCCAGAAGGUGGCAGAGGUUGAGGAAGGUGGCCAUCACCAGGCAGCACGGUCUGGUCACAGCGGUUUGUACCAGAGCGUGCCUGGGAGCAGCGUUCGAUUCCAAUGGUGUCGCCGGCUGGCCUGGCUGCUGUGUCUGCUGCUGUCCGUCUCCUGCCUGGUCCAGUCUGCGUCACUGGGGAUGAGGUUCAGCCGUGGCAAAGCUCUCAUGUGGAUUCACUCGCUCUUCUUCUCCCUGCUGUCGUGCAUCUUCUUCAUCCAUCCAGUCAUGAUUGUUGCUUUGGCAGCGAUAGUCUCUCUCUGGGGUGACUGUCGUACUGCUUUCUGCGCUCCUCCUUUCUCAGUCAUUUGUGGGUUUAUUUUUUAUUUUUUCCUCUGGCAGCUGCUUCGAGCUCGACAGCGCUCUCGUUUCCUGCAUCACGUGCAGCCACCAGCUCCAGCAGAGCUGAAGAAAACACGCAGAAAGAAACAAAAAGAGGCGCUUAUUGGCAGAACACUCAGAGAUUUGACGAUGUGUGUCUCCAUGUUCCUCCUGAUGCUGUGUGUGACCUGCAGCAGCUCCUUCACAGACCGUUACCACCACAGUAAAGGUGUCAGGAAACACUUUCUGAGUAAAGCUAAAAACAAAACAAAAAUCAUACGAUUUUAUAAUCCGGAAAUAUGUUUUGUGUUUCACAGGAGCCAGAAAAAUUCAUUUAUGUCCACAGAAAAGUAUGAGGACUGGUGGAAGUGGACGCAAAGCAGCCUGCUGAAUUUACUCUACAGCUCCGACUCGGCAAAGUUUGACACCAUUGGACAAUCGCAGGUCCUGAUUGGAGAGCCCGUCCUGUCAAAGACGGACAGGCCCGGCGCAUUUCAGGGCCAGGUGACUGUUCCACCACUCGUGUGUAUGUUUUGUGUCUUAUGUUGUUAUGUGUUCUUGUUGUUGUUGUUGUGUCAGUUUGGUUUGACAGCUGCACCUUCUUCAGAAAGUCUUCUUUCAGUCUGGUCUGGGAUUAGAGUGCCUACUUACCCAGACUCUGAUGGCCCGGUUACCAUGGCAGCGCCUCGUCAGACUUGUGGUGAUCUUAGCUGCGCCUCAGGAUCGACUGUUAGAAUCGGUCUCGGCCACACAAAGUCUGAAGCUGCAUCCAGACUGAAGCUGCUGCAUUCAGGCGGCUGGCUGAACAGACAGACGGUGGCCCUAAUGGUCCAGAUCACCUUGUACAGUCCCGCGCCCAACCUCUUCACCAGCAUAACCCUGCAGACUGAACAGAACGCCGUCGGUAUCCUGCUGCCGUCUGCUGAGGUGCAGACCACUAGGAUCUAUCACACUCCGACUGUGUGGGACUACAUCAUUAUGAUCUGUCAGCUCCUCUUCCUCCUCUUGUCUGUGCUCCACCUCUUCCUCCAGAUGUACUCUGUCGGGGAGCAAGGGCUGAUGGGAUACUGCCGGAGACCUUCCAACUGGCUGGAGGUCGUCCUGCAGACGGUGAUCGUGCUGCACUCCGUCCUGCGCGUCCGUCACUGCAGCGCUGUGAUGGAGGCUGCAGAGCUUCUGCACAAUCAGAGCUACCGUGCACACGUGGACGUCAGGUUACUGGCUACUCAGGAACAAAUGUAA